ACACGGAAGAAACAAACCGCGGCUGAGUGUGGCAGAAAACAGCCGUUUGUAGCACCAUCCUGCUCCGCCUUCAUCACUGUCAUCACCACCAGUGGAGCUGAGCAGCACCGGGGCUCUUAUCUGAACACCACCGAGUCCGUCGGACAGGCUGAACUGGACUUUCUGACCCCAAAAGACAAACAUGUCGAGGGAAACAUGAGACAGAGCGGUCAGCGUGAAGUGUGAGAAGAAACCCGCUUCGGGAGGAGAUGUGAAGACCGACAGAAUGACAGUUGACGGGACGAGUAACAACGCAGCGGCACUUUUAGUUGACAGACACCGGGAGCCGUUAGAUGUAUAUUCCGGCUAGCUAGCGCUGCGAGUCCGUCGGAAGUUGACUCUGUUCCGGACUACACACUGAGACAUCGACCCGUUGGGUGCUUUUGGGAGACUCCAGCAGGCACAACACAGCCGAACAAACACAGUGAGGUGGAUGUUUUUUUGAGCAGCACAUGGCCUGUAUUCUGCUAACAAACAUGGAUCCACCUACGUCCAGUCCCACAGCACACUCCAAUGGCCUCCCUCCUGACCUUGUCUCGGCCGCCGGACUCGACUCUAAGCCGGACUUGGAAGCAACCUGUUUGAGUGUCUACCUUUACUGUCAGGAGAAGGAUGAAGGAGAAGGUGGGGCCAAGUGUUCAGAAAGUGGGCUCACGUUUCCAGCUGGAGAGUACGUAGCAGAGGAACUGUGCAUCAAAGCAGCAAAAGCGUGUGGCAUCGGUCCAGUGUACUGCAGCUUGUUCGGCCUAAUGAGGGAAAGUGACCGGAUAUGGUUCCCUCCUAACCACAUCUUCAAAGUGGAUCACUCAGCCAAUGAGACCCUGCACUUCAGAGUCAGAUACUAUUUUCCUGGCUGGUAUAACAGCAGCAAUUCAUCCUACGCCCAUCGCUACGGCUUGUCCAAAGGAAUGGAAAGCCCUGUGAUGGAUGAUUGUGUCAUGGCGUACCAGUUUUCUCAGUGGCGCAGUGACUUUCUGAAUGGCCGGGUUCAUAUUCCAGUGAGCCAUGAGGCCCAGGAGGAGUGCUUGGGCAUGGCUGUGCUGGACAUGAUGAGGCUUGCAAAAGAGAGCGGUCAGUCGCCAGUGGACAUCUACAAUGAAAACAGCUACAAGUCUUUCCUGCCGAGAUGCAUGCGAAGCCGCAUCCAGGAGUACAACAUCUUGACCCGGAAGAGAAUCCGCUACCGCUUCAGGAAGUUCAUCCAGCAGUUCAUCGAGUGCAAGGCCACAGUGUCUAACCUCAAGCUCAAAUACCUGAUCAACCUGGAGACGCUGCUUCCCUGUCUCUACUCCGAGCGCUUCCAAGUCACCGACCUCUCUUCACAAGAGGGUACCAUCAUUGUCAUGGGCAACAAGGGCAUCCAAUGGUCAACAGGGAAUGAGGACAAGGGAGCAGAGGAGGAGCUAAAGACGUACUGCGAUUUCCCAGCGGUGAUUGACAUCAGCAUCAAACAGGGCAAUAAGGAAGGCUCAGCAGAGAGCCGCAUAGUCACCCUCACCAGACAGGACAACCAUAUUCUGGAACUGGAGUUUCACUCGCUCGCAGAGGCCCUGUCAUUUGUAUCAUUAGUUGAUGGAUAUUACCGACUGGUCGCCGACGCACAUCAUUACCUGUGCAAAGAAAUAGCUCCACCAAGACUUCUGGAGUGCAUUCAGAGCUACUGCCAUGGCCCUGUGUCGAUGGAGUUUACUAUUGGUAAACUGUGUCGCUCCGGUAACCACCAGGGCCUCUACAUCCUUCGCUGCAGUCCCAGAGACUAUGACAAGUACUUUAUGUCCUUUGUGGUGGGGUAUGAAACUAUGGUGGACUACAAGCACUGUCAGAUCAUGAAGACGGAUGCAGGAGAGUACAUUCUGAGCGGUGCCAAGAGGAGCUUUGGCUCUCUCAGGGAACUUCUGCACUGCUACCAAAAGGAAGCGCUCCGUACUGAUGGGUACACAUUUCAGCUGACCAGGUGUUGCCCACCGAGCCCCAAAGAUAAAUCCAACCUGCUGGUGUGCAGAAAUAAUCAAGGGGCAGAAGCUCCUCUGUCUCCUUCACUCCACAAGCACAUCAGCCAGAUGGUCUUUCACAAGAUCCGAAAAGAGGACCUUGUCAUUAACGACAGUCUGGGCCAAGGAACUUUCACCAAGAUCUUCUGCGGUGUGAGGAAGGAGCUGGGAGACUACGGAGAGGUUCACCAGAUAGACGUCGUUAUCAAGAUCCUGGACAAGGCUCACCGCAGCUAUUCAGAGUCCUUCUUUGAAGCUGCCAGUAUGAUGAGCCAGCUGUCCCACAAGCACUUACUCCUCAACUACGGCAUUUGUGUUUGCGGCGAUGAGAACAUGAUGGUGCAGGAGUAUGGCAAGUUUGGUUCAGUGGACACGUAUCUGAAAAAGAACAAAAGCUGUGUGAACAUCACCUGGAAGCUCGAAGUGGCCAAGCAGCUAGCCUGGGCUAUGCACUACCUGGAGGACAAGAACCUCAUUCAUGGAAAUGUUUGUGCCAAGAAUGUUCUCUUGAUCAGAGAGGAGGAUCGGAAAACGGGCAGCCUGCCCUUCAUCAAGCUGAGUGAUCCUGGUAUCAGCAUCACUGUGCUGCCCAGAGAAGUUUUAGUGGAGCGAAUCCCCUGGGUGCCCCCUGAGUGUAUCGAAAACCCUCAAAAUCUGAGUUUAGCCACAGACAAGUGGGGCUUUGGGACCACCCUAUGGGAGAUCUGCAGCGGUGGAGACAAACCACUCAGCACACUGGACUGCUCAAAGAAGAAUUUGUUUUACGAGGACAGACAUCAGCUGCCAGCUCCCAAAUGGACAGAACUGGCCAAUCUGAUAAACUGCUGUAUGGACUAUGAGCCUUCACACCGACCCUCAUUCAGGGCAGUUAUCAGAGAUCUCAACAGUCUCUUCACGCCAGACUAUGAGCUGCUGGUGGAGAGCGACAUUAUGCCCAGCAGGACACGAGGUUUCGGCUUCCCGUGGACUUCUGAGAGCCAGGAACCCGCCCAGUUUGAAGAGAGGCACCUCAUCUUUCUCAAGCAGUUGGGCAAAGGAAACUUCGGCAGUGUGGAGAUGUGCAGGUACGACCCCCUGCAGGACAGCACAGGGGAGGUGGUGGCCGUGAAGAAGCUCCAGCACAGUACAGCUGAGCACCUCCGAGACUUUGAGCGGGAAAUCGAUAUCCUCAAAUCGCUCCAGCAUGAAAACAUAGUCAAAUACAAAGGAGUAUGUUACAGUGCAGGACGAAGGAACCUCCGGCUCAUCAUGGAAUAUCUCCCCUUCGGCAGCUUGAGAGAUUAUCUCAUCAAGCACAAGGACCACUUUGAUUCCAAGAAACUGCUGCACUAUGCGUCACAGAUUUGCAAGGGUAUGGACUAUCUCGCCACCAAGCGUUACAUUCACCGAGACCUGGCUACUAGAAAUAUUCUGGUGGAGAGUGAGAUGAGAGUAAAGAUAGGUGAUUUUGGCCUGACCAAGGUGCUGCCGCAGGACAAGGAGUACUACACCGUCAAAGAGCCCGGGGAAAGCCCCAUCUUCUGGUAUGCUCCAGAGUCUCUGACAGAGAGUAAGUUCUCUGUGGGAUCAGAUGUUUGGAGUUUUGGUGUCGUCCUCUAUGAGCUCUUCACCUACAGUGACAAGAACUGCAGCCCACCAGCGGUGUUUAUGGACAAGAUGGGAAAUGAAAAGCAAGGCCAGAUGAUAGUCUACCAUCUCAUUGACCUGCUGACACGGGGAUUUAGGUUACCUGCUCCAGAUAAUUGCCCAAAGGAGAUCCACAAGGUCAUGAUGGAGUGCUGGAGCAAAGAUCCGAGCCGACGGCCAACCUUCAAGACGUUAAUUCAGAGUGUGGAGACCGUACGAGACGGCCUCAAGGAUGGAUGAUCCCUGAACCCUGCGUGAGUCUUUCACCUUCAGAAUGAAGUGCCUGGUUUUACUGCGGAGAUUUGGGUGGUGACACUCACUUUCUCAGCAGUUUACCUUCGUCUUUCUACAGCCACGCCAAGAAUACAAAUUAAAUGAACAAAGCAUACACUACAUUCAUGGCCGACAUCAAAUGAAACUUAAUUUCUAAUGCCUUCAAGAACAUUUUACUUUGGGAAAAAUUAUUUUAUUUGUAUGUGUUGUGUUUUCCAAAUUCAGAAAUAGGCAUUGACUUUUGUUCAACUGUGCUGAGUGUUUAAAAGCAGCAACAUUUUGGUGCUUUUAUUGUUGUAAAGUGAGCAGAAAGUUACUUUAUAUCACCAAAGAGGCCAUGGGAUUCUUAAAUUCACCUCCAGAUUCACCAGAACUGAACCUCACUGCUCAUGUACGUCUCUGCUUUCAUGAAUUUUAUGAAACAUUUGAUGAAGAACUGAGGAGAUUUCCUCCUGCUGAUGCCCAAACAGACUCUUAGUUGACUUUUUCAAGACUUUAAGAGUCCAUAGAUGGAAGGCAUCAUUUCUACCAAAGAGGACCCAUCAUGAUGACCUCUACAAGUGUUAUUGGGACAGAUAUCUUCUGCUACAGAGGACUUUACAGACUUUCAUUACAAACUGAGGAUGGUUCUUUGAGUUGGUAAAGCCACAGAGUCAAGGUUGGGAUUGUCUUUUGUUUACAUCAUUUCUUACAAUGUGGGAGAAAAAAGAAACAUAUCAGAGAUAAAACGAUACCUGCUCAUUAAUCUCUUUGAGAACUCUGUAUAUACGUUAGAGUCACGUAAUGUUGUUUUGUAGGAAACCAGGCUUUGUAAUGAAUAAUUACCAGGUAUAUAUUUUAUAAAUACAGGAUGAAGUUUUGAAUGUCACAGGGCUAUACUAUCUGCCUGUAAAUACCUAAUGUGAAAAGUUGAAUGUUGUACUUGGGGAAAAGUCGUGAAAAGAGGUGCCUUUGUUUUUCUGCAGCAUUUUGCUGUUUCAAGCUGUGGUUUUACUUCUUUGAUUUGUGUUCAUGUCAUUAUUUUCUCAACCAUUUCAAGUUGUUGAACAGUCUGUGAAUGUGUCGACGUGCAUCGCAUUAUCCACCACAAGUGUAUCUGUGGUCACAAGGGAAUUAUUCUUUUUUUGUUGUUUUUUUUUUAGAAUUUGAAUGUUUAAGACUUUAUGUACCAGAUGCUAAUGAAUGAAGGAGCUGGUUGGUCAUUAUUUGAGGCUGGUGGGAGGAGACAGAAUGCAGUUUGUGCUAUAGCAUCAUUCUUUUUUCUUUUUUUUUUUCAAAUGUGAUUAAAAAACUCUCCAAGGUUGUUGUCUGCCAUUAAAAGCAAUGCCAAGGAUACCUUCUCACAUCAUUAGCAAUGAGUCACUGUACAGAGCAAAGUGUUGUGUUUGCCCGGAUGCCCACUAUGGACACUAUUUCUACUGAUCUGGCCAUCAGAAAUAUUUCUUUCAGGAAAAGUGUGUGGAGAAUUGAACUUUUUGAGUGAAGCAGCUUCGAUGAAGAUUGCGGGUUUAUUAAGAUUUAAUUUUUUUUUUUGUGCUCAACUAUUGUGCAUUUCUGUGUAACCUCAAAUUACUUGUGAAUUAUGUAUCCAAAGAUUUUCAUAAAAAGAGAAGAUGCAUAAUCGCG